AUGGUGCUCAUAGCCAAUGUUAUCCCACUCGUCGCCGCCCUUCCAAACCCCUCUACCGUCAACUCGUACAAUCUGCCGCGUCAAGAUGGGUGCGACCCAGGUGAAAGGACUUACGGCCCACCUCCGAACCGUGAAGGCGAGUUCAGGUUCAAGUUUUCCACGAGUGGGCGGCAAUACAUCACAAUCGUCAACCUCACGCCGCACCCAUUCAGGCUUACCUAUUCCCACGAGAAUCAAAUGCGGUUUUGGGACUGGGGCGAUAUUGAGCCCGGACGAGCACGGCAGAACGUCGCCCACUACUCUGAAGACCCUCUUCAUUGGCUCGUCGACACCAAGGGCGAGGCUUAUUACGAUGUCGGUGAUACUGGCGCCAAGUUUGUCGUUCGCGCUACCAACAACGUUAGAGAUACACUCCACAACAAACGUUUCAUCUUUGACUUGACUGGGAUGAACGCAGGCGCGCGAGAGUACAAGGCGCCGGCUCCAGAAACUCCCGUCACCCUCGUCAUCACAGGCAGCGUGUGGUACGGCUUUGUUACCUCGAUCCACAACGGUCCGGCCAACUGGAUGGGCGAGAUCAAGGAUACCAUCAAAGACCGCACGGUAAGCCAGAUAGCGAUGCCCGGGACGCACGAUUCUGGCAUGAGCAGGAUUUCUCGCAAAAUUGACUCGCUUGGUGUUGAACUUAAUACCCAGACCCAGGGUAUCCGCGUCGGCAACCAACUCUGGGCUGGGGCUCGAUGGUUAGAUGUUCGUGUUAUUUCGGUCCAUCCCGUUUCUGAUCAUCAUCGUUACGAAUUCUGGACCUUCCACGGAGACCCGGAAGCCAAGUUCGUCAUGGGCAAUACAGGCGAGAGCCUGGAUGAAAUCAUCGACGGGAUCAACAGCUUUACCAGCGAGAACCCGGGCGAGGUCAUCUUUAUACAGCUGAGGUAUCUACUCGGCCUAACAAAAUUCGCGCUAGCUGGGCCAAUUUACUGGAGCCCCGAACAGAAAGACGACUUUUUCAACCAGCUCAAGAGAAUAAAUAAUCGGUGCGCCAACCUCGGGGAGGGACAUCUUGAGCGGCUGAGAAUGAGCGAGCUCAUGGAGUGGAACGAGGGCAAGGGCUGCGUCCUCCUCUUCCUGGACACGGCGGCCCUCGAGAAGAAGAUACCAAAGGACCAGGUCGUCUCACGCGGUGACGGCAUCUACCACAGGAAUGACAUGGAUUGGGAUGACGCCUGGCCCGACAAGAGCAAUGAAAUCGAAGCAUCCAACAGGGCCAUUGAGCUCUGGAAGGGGAGGACGAAGCCCUUCCACGUCGGUCAGUGGGUGGUGACCGGUGACUUGUCCACGUCCCUCUCCAAAAUUGCCGAAUCCAUGAACCCGAUCCUUUACUGGAGGGGUGUCAACAGAAUUACGCCCGAGGUGUUCCCCAACGUCCUCCUGGUUGACUACAUUGGCCAAGUCGUGGACAGAGAAAAUGCCUGGGAUCAGCUGAGUCUUGAGCUGAAAACUCUAGCCAUAGGCCUUAAUCUCUACACCAUCAGCGAGAACUGCGCCAUUAAUCACCGUCGGCCACCGCUGCUUGAGCCCAUAGGCGGCGAAACUCGGCUCCUCGGCGAGGAGCAACAUUUCCCGGCGUGGAACGGUGUCAUCUUCGCCAACGGCACCGUACUGGAUGAGGCGCCGCCUGACCUGAGCCUGGGCUGCGUUGAGAUUCUGAAGAAGGGGACCAAGUUUGACAACGGAACUGUUUUGGACCAGGAUAUGCGAAAUCCUGAGUGCCAGGGCAAGCCUGUUCCUGGGCGGGGCUGGAACUCUACUGCAGCCCCGGAGACCUACCGAAGAGGAGGUGCUCUUUGA